CAUAUCUCCCGGGUGUUGGCCUUUAUCUAGAUAAUGAAGUUACAACUAAAAAUCAACAGUUCACGUAGUUUUAAUAGUAGUAAAUGUUGAUUAAUUUUAUCUGAUAAGUAACAGUUGUAGAUAAUUUUGUUCCUAUAAAUAAAUUUUUCUCAAAUUAAAAUGUGGAAAGCGGCUGCUGGUCAUCAAAUAAACAUCAGUAACGACAAUAAUGAGGACGAUGAAUGGGAAACUGAUCCUGAUUUUGUAAACGAUGUGGACGAACAACAGCAAAGAUGGGGCUCAACAACAGUGGAAGGCUCGGGCAGAACGGCUGGGGCCAUAGAUAUGGAAAAAUUAAGGAAAGAAACCGAAGAAGCUGAUGCGAAAAAGAAGAAGAAGGAAUUGGAGGAGGGAGAGCACAAUCCCUCCUACGGGUACGGAGGUAAAUUUGGAAUUGAAAAGGACAGGAUGGACCAAUCUGCUGUAGGCCACGAAUAUGUUGGCAAAGUAGAAAAACAUGCUUCCCAAAAGGAUUAUUCUACUGGAUUUGGUGGAAAGUUUGGAAUUCAAUCCGAUAGAAUAGAUAAGAGUGCAGUAACGUGGGAUCAUAAGGAGAAAAUAGAAAAACAUGCUUCACAGAAAGAUUAUGUUUCUGGAUUUGGAGGGAAAUUUGGUGUACAAAGUGAUAGACAGGACAAGUCAGCUGUUGGUUGGGACCAUGUUGAAAAAGUAGAAAAACAUGAAUCACAAAAAGAUUACAAAACCGGUUUUGGAGGAAAAUUUGGAGUACAGGCAGAUAGACAAGACAAAUCAGCUGUGGGAUGGGAUCACCACGAGAGUCCACAAAAGCAUGAAAGUCAAUUGGACCACAAGAAAGGCUUUGGCGGCAAGUUCGGUGUGCAAACUGAUCGUUUCGAUAAGUCUGCCUCUAAUUUCGACCCACCCUCAAAAGUAGGAACCAAUUAUACUAAAGUCAAGCCUGAUAUAGGUGGUGCUAAACCUUCAGAUCUUAGAGCCAAGUUCGAGACUAUGGCACAACAAAGCAAACCCGAAACGACAGGACCUUCUACUGCUCCCCGGAAAAACGUUCACGCCAAGGCCGCCUUAUUCGCUAAUGUCAAGAAAGAACCUCCUGUUCCUUCGUCCCCAGAAAAAGUCGUCUCUCCCAAACAACUUGAUCAUUCGAAAACGGCAUUUUUGACUCAAACCAGUCGCGAAGAUAAAGAAAAGGAGAACGGAAAUACAAAUACUGAGGCAGUCAAGAAGUUGGACCAAUCUAAAACUGCGUUUUUAACACAACAAAACCAAAAUAGCGAACCUGAGGAGAAGACUGUUGAGCCAAAACGCUUAGAUCAGGCCAAAAUGAAUUUUGCUCAGAAUGAAGAGACUGAAAAUGAAAAACAACAAAGUAUGAUGCAAGAAGAAUUGGAGUUAUUAAGGCAAUUACAGCAACAAAAGCCGGAUGAUUCAGACUCUGAUGAUAUAUAUGAAAAUUUUGAUGUGUCAACAAUAAAAAGGGGCAAACCCAGUGCCACUGCCGCUGCGGCUGAAGAAAUGACCCCUACAGAACCUGAACCUGCUGCAAUACCGCAAGAGACUGAAGAAGAGUAUCAAGAGGAAAUAGUGGAUACUGGUGUUACAGCUGUGGCACUGUACGACUAUCAAGCUGCCGCAGAGGACGAAAUAUCAUUCGAUCCUGACGAUGUAAUUACGCACAUUGACAAGAUUGAUGCGGGGUGGUGGAGAGGACUGUGCAAAAACAGGUACGGGCUAUUUCCGGCGAACUACGUACAGUGUGAUGAAUAGGAUUUGGUAUUUUAAGUGGCCUACGUACUUAUUUGCUUCCAGUUAAAAGAUGCAGUAGGGUAUAGGAUGUAUAUUUUUCCAGGAAUUAUUCGGAAUCAAUCCGUUGUAUACAUUGUAAUUAUCUUCAUUUUUAAACUUUAUUUUAACCCGAAGAUUUUUUAUAUGUUAUAAAGAUAUUAAGUUUAAGAUUUUAUAAAAAAAAUAAAAGUAUUAAAGGUU